AUGGCGGUGGAUCGGAAGAGAUUUGAUGGGCAACGGUUUAGAAGGGAGAGUUUAAUGAGGGAGACACUUACUGAAAAUGGGCUUGGGGAUGAUUUUUCCAAUAAUCUUCCAGAGAUAAUUGCUGAAUCAGAAGUGUCUUUGAUAGAUGAAGUGACUAAUAUGAAUGCAGUGAACUUACCCAAUUCCAACUCUGCUUCUAGUGAUGAUGAUGAGAACCUUGCAAUUACUGCAGAGCAUGAGCCCACAUUAUUCUCUGAGGCUGUACAAGCUCCUCAUUGGCGAGAGGCCAUGCGCCAAGAGCUUCAGUCACUUGAAGACGAUGGCACUUGGAUACUUGAGGAUCUCCUUCCUGGUCAUAAAGCCAUUGACAACAAGUGGGUUUACAAGGUUAAAUACAAUGCAGAUGGAUCGAUUGAGCGCUAUAAAGCACGACUUGUUGUCCAAGGAGAUCGACAAAUCAAAGGAGUUGAUUACAAUGAAACAUUUGCACCCACCAUUAAAAUGGUUACAGUUUGUGCCUUUCUCGCUGUUGCUGUUGCUCAUGGAUGA